UACAGGUCGAUAGACCUCCUAUCCUUAUUACUGAAGACUGAAGACUAGAUUUCGCUAGGAGAGCUUGGUAUAAACUGUGACCUUGAAAAACGCGUAAAUAGACCAGAGGUCCAUAACUUCAUGGUAUCAUCGUGAUACUAGAAAAAUAAAAGAUACCAGAGAGUAUCGAUUGAUAUCAACUAUGGAAAGACGUCCUUAGGACACAGCAAUCUAUUAUACUUUAUGCGUUAUCGAUCCAGAAGUUUCAGACAUCCCCCUUACGAUUUAUAGACAUGAACCUCUUUUCAUGCUAGUACUCAGAUACGCGUAAAGUUGAUCCUUCUAAUUCAAAGCAUGGAAGAAAACGUUAACAAAUGAAAAUACUAAAAACCAUCUUAACGUUAUAAUUUAAGGGCUUUCUUCUGGUUGAGUUUUAAAAAUGACCGAACGCAAAGUCCUAAAUAAAUAUUUCCCUCCAGACUAUGAUCCUUCAAAAAUACCUCGUCUUAGAAGAGGCGACCGACGUAAACAGUUCAAUAUUAGAACAAUGGCUCCAUUUAAUAUGAGGUGCAAUACGUGCAAUGGUUAUAUAUACAAAGCUAAAAAAUUCAAUUCGCGAAUGGAAACUGCAGAAAAUGUAGAUUACUUGGGUCUAAGACACUAUCGAUUUUACAUCCGAUGUCCUUUGUGCUGUGCUGAGAUAAUCUGGCGUACCGAUUUGGAAAGUGGCGAUUACGUCCUAGAAAGUGGGGCUAAGAGAAACUUCGAAGCAUUAAAAACGGCGGAAGAACUGGAAGCUAAACGUCAAGCUGAAGAGGAAGAGGAACUUGCUAACAACCCAAUGAAAUUAUUGGAAAAGAGAACUGAUCAAAGCAAACAAGAAAUGGAAAUGGUCGAAGUAAUCGAAGACUUGAAGCAGUUAAAUCAACGUCAAGCUACCAUGGAAGCAGAUCAUGUUCUUUUGAGGCAAAUGUGGCGAGAAGAAGAAGCUGUCAAGGAGGCUGAAAAAGAAGCAGACGAUGCACUAAUAAAAGAAUUACUUGCUUCAAAAUCCGAGCAAGUCCACUCAUUACCAUUGGAGUUUGGAGGUGAAAGUUCCUCUAAGUCAAUCAAAAUACCAGUUCUGAAAGAUUUGAUGAAAGUUAAUAGAAAAGAACCAGUAGAAAUUGGGAAAUCUUAUCUAAAGCGACAACUUCAAGGUGUUUUACGGGUUCAAAAGAGGUCAGUAUCAGAAACUAAAAUUCCAAAGCUUGAUGGUGAUUAUAAAGCAUUGACCAUGAAUAACAUAAAUGUUUCAGAUUCCUCAACGAAUAAUUCGUUAACAAAUGAUAAAUCAAAAGAUAGUAAUGUUAAUCAACAGGUGUCAUGUAACAGUAAUGAUAAUAAUGAUAAUACUCAGCCGUGUCAACCAUUACCUGGAAUGGUUUAUUCAGACCAUAGUGAUAGUGAUUGAGAGAGGAAAAAGAAUAACUGUAAAUAACUGAUACAUAUAUCAUCUUGUACAGUUUUAAUGAAUUUUUAAAAGGCUUUUUUGAAAUGCUAUGACGUAUUCCUCCUUUGGGCUAUUUCGAAGUAUUUCUACUAAUAAUUAUAACGAAUUCCUUCAAAAUGAUGCUCUUUAAUUACACACCACAUUAUCUAAAGAAUAAA